CGAGCGGGUGUGUCUGGAGUGGGGGCGGGCAGGUCCCUGAAGGUGGCAAUUUCCCGGGCCCACUGCGCCUGUGAACAGGUGGAGGGGCCGGGCUGGCCCGGGCUUCGGCCUCAAGCGUCGGGAAAUGGCUGCGGGGGGCAGGCUGGAAGAUGGUUCCUUGGAUCCAUCCCAAAGUGUUGAAGAUGACCCCCUUUUGGACACCCAGCAUCUUUCACAUUAUCCCUUACAUGCUCAUUUUAGACCCAGAUUCCAUCCUCUUCCUACGGUCAUUAUAGCACAUCUUCUCCUGCUAAUACAUGUUGUGUUUGUUAUUUUAGCAUUUUUAACAGGUGUGCUUUGUUCUUACCCUAAUCCAAAUGAGGACAAGUGCCCAGGAAACUACACCAACCCACUGAAAGUUCAAACAGUCAUAAUCCUUGGAAAAGUUACUUUGUGGAUUCUGCAUUUCCUUCUUGAGCGCUACAUUCAGUAUCACCACAGCAAAGCAAGAAACCGAGGCUAUCACAUGAUCUACCGAUCGACAAGGCAUCUUAAAAGACUUGCAUUAAUGAUACACUCCACUGGCAACACUGCUCUCCUCCUCACACUGUGCAUACAGCAUUCCUUCCCAGAGCCCAGCAGGUUGUAUCUUGACCUCAUUCUGGCCAUCCUGGCUCUGGAACUGAUCUGUUCCCUGACAUGUCUGCUCAUCUACACAGUGAAGGUUCGAAAAUUUAAUAAAGCCAAACCACAGCCUGAUAUACUUGAAGAAGAAAAAGUCCAUGCUUACCCUAGCAAUAUUACUUCAGAGACUGGAUUCAGGACUAUUUCAAGUUUAGAAGAAAUUAUUGAAAAGCAAGGAGACAUAAUAGUAUACCUGAAGAGACACAAUGCACUGUUGAGUAAGCGGUUGUUGGCUUUCACUUCCUCGGACCUAGGCUCUCAUUCAAAUCGAAUGUGAGAAUUCAAGGUCAAGACAGCAAUUGCAGAAGGAUCCAGGCUAAUACAAGACUGACCACCUGACAAACUGUCAUAGAAAAUUGCAGCUUUUGCUGAGUGACAUUUUAGCACUCUUGUAGGGUACCUGAAUUUGGUUCUCACCUUGUGGCUGUAUAAUAUGUAGAGCUUGUGGAUUAUGUGAUGGUGAUUUGUCAAGCCUUGAUAUCUCAUAAUGUCUGUCUUACACAUUUUGAAAUUAUUUAACUGCCUGGUUUAUCCUAAGACCAAAGGUAGAGUUUAAACAUCUCCUGCGCCAACACUUCUUCCACAUGACAUAAUCCUAUUGAUAAUUUGGCUACUUAUAGAAUUAGACUGGCAUGCUAAUGUAUUUAAAACAGGGAUUUGAUCAAAUGAGUUCUUCCCACUUUUAAACUGAUGAGGGAAGACAUUUCUUGUGUUAAUGAUUCCUCCAAUGGCGCCUUCUCAUAUAGUUUAUAUGCUUGUGUAGUAUUGGAUGGCAGCUUGGCCCUUGUAGCAUUUAUAAAGAAGUUUCUCACUGUAGGAUCAAAUUUUCACUAGGUUAUUUACUAUGCAAACUCCUAGUUUUCCAUUGUUCAGAAAUAAGAUAUUAAGAUUACUUGCAUCAGUGUUAUACUAACCAGUUGUCUGUUAACUCUUAACACCUUCUACUGGCAACACUUUGAACUUUCUAUUUUUGCCCUCUUCAGGAUGUUGCCAUGCAUUUCAGUAUUGAUUGUAUAACUUCACUGGAUCAGUAUGUUCAGUGAUAGCAAAGGGAUCUUCAGUGGUUUUGUCUAAAAAGAAAGGACACCUCUUUUAGUCUUGGAUCAUACUUAAAAAUAAAAUGCCCUAUUAACUUCUAUACUGAUAUUAAACUUAUGUAAUUCUCCAGAUAAAUUGAGGUAUUCUUAGCCUGGCUGGCAUAGUUCAAUGGUUGAGCGUCAACCUAUGAACCAGGAGGUCACGGUUUAAUUCCAGGUCAGGGCAUGCCCAGGUUGUGGGCUUGAUCCCGUGUGGGGGUGUAGGAGGCAACUGACCAAUGAUUCUCUUUCUCCUUUUCCCUUAAGUCAAUAAAAAUAUUUUUUAAAAAUAAUGUGAACCAUUUUAAUGAAUAAAUGGCAUUACUUCA